UAAAAAUGUCAACAUAAUUCCACUUUGACAUUAUGUGCUAUUGUGUGUAGGCCAGUGACACAAAAUCUCAAUUGAAUCCAGGCUGUAACAACAAAAUGUGGGGAAACAUCAUUGGAUGUGAAUACUUUCUGAAGGCUCUGUACAUGCUUAAUAGUUACUAUAGCGACAGGGCAGCAAUACCGAUUCUUAAUACUUCUACACCGUAAUAUAGGGCUGGGCGAUAUGACGAUAUAUAGCGUGUGACGAUAGAAACACGUCUUUAUUUCCUUGUCGCAAAUUACACUUGACGGCAAUAUUUUUCGUCAAUCGCACCACGCUUUGUGUGCGGUGUGGAAGGAAAUUGGCAACACAAACAAACCUGGAGGAGAGUGAACGUGACACGGAGCCCGCCCUCUGCGAAAUAUGCCGCAGGCUGGUCCCAACAACAGGCUCAAGCACCACUAACCUCUACCACCUACUCAAGAAUCAUGUGAAACAGUACGGAGUCUACGGAUGAGACCCCAAAAAGUACCGUCGAGUGCUCAAAACAAACCCCCGACUCAGACGUUGCAAGAGGCUUUUGCCCGCAGCACUCCAUAUGGCAAAGAACCACGAAGAUGGAAGGAGAUAACAGCUGCAGUUACAACUUACAUCUGUAAAGACAUGGCCCCAAUUUACACGUCGAGAAACGGGGGUUUCAUCAGUGGUGUUAACACUCGACCCAAGAUCCACCUACCUUCUAGCCUGCCAUGGCUGAGCCCAAGUCCACAGAGUCCCCAGGUUCUGGCUGUUGUGUUCCAUCACAGAGAAGCUCACAGCAGGGUCCAGAGAUGGUGUCAGUGAAGCUGGAAGACUGCAGUCAAACACUGGAACUCAAUGUGAUUGUCAAAGAGGAAGAAGAGGAGACAGAAAUCCAAGAAGAGGUGGAGGAGAGAGCUGUCAAAGAAGAAGUGGAGGAAAGAGCAGUCAAAGAAGAAGAAGUGGAGGAAAGAGCAGUCAAAGAAGAAGAAGAGGAGGAAAGAGCAGUCAAAGAAGAGGAGGAGGAAAGAGCAGUCAAAGAAGAAGAAGAGGAGGAGGAAAGAGCAGUCAAAGAAGAGGAGAACAGGGAAGUGUCUGCUCCAGAUCUAGAGGAAGAGGAGGAAGUAGAUAGUAUCACUGACUCAGGAGAGAGCUCCAACCCAGGUUCAGACAGUGAGCCCAGUUCCACAGCAUCAGGAAACCAUAAACAACACAGACGGAGGAACUCAGGACAGAAACAUCACCACUGCAUGGACUGCUUCACUAGUUUCUAUGAUCCAGAGGAGUUGAGAAGGCACACUUGUAGGCCCCACCCCUGCUCAGAUUGCAGAGGCAGUUUUAUUUGUCCAACUCACCUCAAAUCAAAACCGACAAAAAAAAGAAAGACACACCCAUGUGGUCAAUGUGGAAAGAGUUUUCAGACCCCAAGCAAACUAAACAUACACCAGCGAACUCACACAGGGGAGAAACCUUUCCAUUGCUCUGUUUGUGGGAAGAGUUUCUCUCUUUCACAGAACUUAAAUAGACACCAAAUAACUCACACAGGAAAGAAGCCUUUCCUCUGCUCUCAGUGUGGGAAGAGUUUCAGUCAUUCAUCAACUCUGAAGACACACCAGCUAAUUCACACAGGAGAGAAGCAUCAUCACUGCUCUCAGUGUGGGAAGGGUUUCAGUCGGGCAGGAGACCUAACGAGACACCAGUUCACUCACACAGGAAAUAAACUUUUCCACUGCUCUCAAUGUGGGAAUGGUUUCAGUCGAGUAGCAGCCCUGAAGGUACACCAGCAAACUCACACCGGAGAGAAGCCUUACCACUGCUCUGUUUGCGGGAUGAGCUUUUCCCUUUUACAGACCCUAAAUAGACACCAGCUUACACACACAAGAGAGAAGCCUAAUCACUGCUCUGAGUAUGAGAAAGGUUUCGGACACUCAUCAAAUCUAACGACAUAUCUGUUAAAGUGAGUUCGGCUGCUUUUGUAAUGGGAAUAGGACCCCCCCCCCCCCAAAAUAGGACAGGGGUUCUGACAUUAACAUCCACACAACUUGUCUCUGGUCAUCUGGAUCACUGCUCAGCGGUUACCUAACCUAUUGUUUUACCACUUCAACCCUGGGUAACAUCUUAUAAACCUUGAGUAUCGUGUAAUAAACACUGAAUGUUAAUAAAUGAUGGUAAUCAUGGGUAUAAUAGGUAGAUAUUUGUGGAGGUGAAGGAAGAAUAGGUGACAACCUUUUAACUUGGGUGUCAUGUUAUAAACACUGUAGCUAUAUUAUGAAAUAAAAAUGAUAGUGGCAAAAGUAGAGGAUUCAAA